AGAGCAUAUACAAAAUGAGUAAGAUAUGUAGUUGACGACAGAUUCCACAUAAGAAUACUUGUCCGUCUAGUCUUAGGCAAGAGUCUUUAAGUAUCACUCCAAAUUUGAAGAUGAUUAAUACUCCAGGGUCAAAAAGUAUGACUGUCAUGAAGUAUCCAGGGAAAGGGAGAAGACUCUUUCUACAAAAUCGACCCUCGAACAUACUCAGAACUCAGCUGCUAAAGAAAUAAAAACCCAAAUAAAUGAAUUAGCAAAGCACGUCCUCAAACUGAGAGAUUAGAUGCUGAACAGGAGUACUAUAGGAGGAUAAAACAGGGUAUGAAUCUGUUGAAACAAGCACGUAACUCACAAUUACAUCCCAAUUGUGUCGAGAAUCUUGCAGAGAAAAAUAUUAAUCUCGUAACUGUAAAUAAGACCGAGGAGAACUAUUUAAAAUAAAGCAAUUAUAAACAUAAAAGAAGAUGCCCACUUGGAGGAAGAAAAGACAUGCUUGACAGAGAAUCAUAUAAAGGGAGAUGACCCUACUACAAUAACUCAAAUUCUUAGAGUUUCUAAGAGGAAUUAUUCUCGAAACAUUACUCCUGACAGCAGAUCAAAUGACAACUUUUCUCAAACGACAAAGGCUGGCAGAAUUCAGAUUGUGAGUAGGAGAAUUGAAGGAAGAAGCACCUCCCAGUUAAACCCAAGAGAUAAAGCUCAGAUUAUGGGUAAACAUUUUCAGAGAGAAAAUAAUAUUCUGUCUGCACCUGAGAAGAAGAAAACUGAGAGGAAAAAGGAGUAUCAUAUUCCUGGCAGAAAGUACAAGCCAACCAAGCAAAUCUUUAUGAAGUCAGACAGAAUUUCUUAUAAAUUUAAUAAAACUCAACCCUUCAAAGUAAAUAAGAGGAAGUCUAUUUCUCAAGCCAUUUCAGACGUUCAGAUCAAGCCUGAAAGGCGAUUAAUCAAGGCGAAUAAUUACUAUUUGCAUAAUUAUGCAAUGGACAAUCAAGGCAAAAAUAGUCUUGUCAGUUUCAGGCUUAAUGAAAUUUUGAAAGAGAAGAAUUCACUAAAGAAAAAGCUUAAGGAAAAAUACUCUCUUAAGCCAAACUCUAAGCAUUUUACUAUGAAAAAUGCAAUCUCGCCUAGGAGAAGAAGGCAUUCUUCGAACCCAAUAUUUUUGACGAAGAAAAUAACUAAACCGCCUGCAACCAAAAUGAGGGCUAAAGUAUUUAGCUCUGAGAAAAAAUCUGAGAUAAACAGUAUCCCUCAACACUUGAGCAAGGAUGGACAAAUAGAAGAUACUGAUAGCACUGGGGAGUACCUUAAGAAUGAUGAUAUCCUGCUAAAACAUAUCUUUAAAGGAAGAGAGGGAAACCCUCUCAUCUUUGAAAACUCGUUGAACCAAAUCAGAUACAUGAACUCUAAGAUGGCUGCAGCUCAGAAAGAAGUCGAGAUCUCGAGUUUGAAGAGAAGCAAUCUUAUCUAA